AUGUCUUCGGCGUGGUGGUCCUCGCAGACAACAUUCGGCACUCCCAGGGGACUGGUACUUCUUUCCCUUUCGUUAUCCUUAACUCGUUCACUGCAAAACAUCCUCUCUGUGCACGCACGUCUCCCUCUUGACUUCCGCUUUGACUUCCUUCUCACCGCUCUCCCCCACUAUCCUGUGCAGAGCACGGUGAUUCACAGAGGUCCCCUGGGCACGGCGCGCACAGGUCAGCAGAGCGCCCACGCGCUCUUCUCAGGGACGCCAGGGUCGUCCCUGCAGCCCUACUCCUUCUCGCACACUUCCUUCCGGCCUCUCUCUGACGGCCACAAGCAGCUCGUGCAGCAGCUGAGGCUCUGGGCGCAUGGCUUCCCCUUCCUCAUCCGCCCACCCACAGCGCCAGAGCCGUUGCUGACCAUCAGCAGCAUCGAUGCAGACAUUGCGUUUGAUCUCUGCGUGCAGGUCAGUCAGCCUGUUAACUGUGUGGCACAUAGUAAAGAGGGAUCGCAUGGUGGUGCUCUUCGUCUGGGACGGCACCGACCUCCCUCUCCCCUCGCUUUCCGCGUCAGUCCUGCUACCUCCUCUCUGCCGUGCUUCCGCGCAUUCCUCUGGCCCCUUCGCUUUCGUCUCUCGUCACUGCCUUUCCAUUUUCAGGCACGUUCAUCACCCUUCUUUAGACCCAGCACCACUUGUCCUUCCAUCACUCACCCAUCCUCUCGCCCGUGCUCCACUCCAUUUCGUCCCUCUUCCACGCUCUACUGCACUCAACCACUCAAUCUCUCUUCUGCCGUCUCUUUUCUGUGCAGGCCGGCAGCACCAAUCCCCUCCAGUCAUUCCCCGCAUCACGGCCAGCCAUACAAUGCCCCCGAAUCCUCCUCUACACCAUCUGCGCCCUCCAGCUCAUCCCUACCCCAACCCCCACCCACUAGGCCACCCACAUCAACCCCUGCAUCAGCAUCGGCGCAUGCAGGGGUGCAUCCCGCCUCUCCUCCUCCCUGCACUCGCUCAGGGUACCCACAUUUUGCCGUUGGCGGUCGCCCUGCCCCUCCUCUCUGUGUGCUGCAGCGUGUCCCCCCUCUGGGCUCCCUGCUGCCUGUUAUGUGCCACGUGGACGACCUUCACUGGCUGCUGCACCGCCUGCACCCCUCUGUAGCAAAGGCGUUAGAGGGGGAGGGAGGAGGGGGGCCAGCCAGGGCGGGGCACGAGGGGGAAGGUGGGGGCAGAGGUGAUGGGGGAAACAGGGGUGGGGAGAAUGAGAGGGCAGAGCGGGACCAGAAUGGGGGGCAGGGAGCGGGAGGAGUGGCAGCAGAGGGGAGUGAGAGACGACAAGAUGGGGAGGGCCGGGAGGAGGGGGAGGAGGAGAGGGUGGCGGGAGAGUGGCAGCAGGAGGGGGUGGUGCCGUGCUGGGUGCGGCUGAGGAACAUCAGAGCCACGUGCCACGGCGCCAGAGGGGACUGGCUGGGCAUCUUCAACAACUCCAGCCGCCUGAGCCUCGUCAGGGAAUGCUACUCGGACGUAGCAGAGCUGAAAAGCAAGUAUGCAGAGAGGGCAGCGAGUGAGGACGCACACACGCGGAUAGGCAACAUGGCUCUGUGGGCCUCCAUCCACCAGCACACACGCAUCGCCCGUUCCCUGCAGCCGUACUCCACCCUUCGCCAGAUCUACACCCAUCCUGUGGUGCCGUACCGCUUCCGCUGUGCAGCGAGAGUGAUCUUCGCCUCUGCUAUCCACCCCGCCCGCUUCACUGCCUUCGUUCCAGACAAGCCCCACUCCAUCUCCUCCUCUCCUGCCCCCCCGCACUCCUCCACUCCUCUACCUGCCGCUGCCACAUCUGCUGGUGCCGCUGCUGGUACUGAUGCAACCGAGGGGACGGGGGAGGAAGGGACGGGAAAGCGGUCAGGAGAGGAAGGCGUGGAAAGGGCGCGAGCGAAGCUGCAAAAAGGGGAAGGUCAUGCUGACGUGGCAAGGCAGGAUGUUGCUGACGUGGCGAGGCAGGAGGGGGCUGAUGUGGCGCCACAGGAAGAUGCUGAGGCUAAUGUGGCGAGGGAAGCAGUAGGGAAGGGGGUGGAAGAGGGAGAAGGAGGUGGUUCGGGGAAAGCAGCAGAGACAGCAGGCACAUCAGAGGGCGUGGGCGGAGUGGCUUUAGCAAAGGGAGAGUCCACAGGAAAAGCAGGUUCUGGGGUGAAGAGGAAGUGGGCGGCAGGGCUUGUCUUGGUGCUCGAGGAUGCUACGGGGCGGUUGCUCGUCCGCCUCGCCUCACCUAAUGCCGAGGUGUUCUUUUCAGCAACAGCGGAGGAGUUGCGCAAGGAUGCAGGGGUGUCUGCGAGAGCAGCUGCAAGCAUGGCUAUGCUGUUGGGUGUGCCCAGAGACCACGGGCAGGAUACAGAAUUUGACUUUGGACAGCAAGCGCAUGCAGGGAUUGAACGGGAUGCGGUGCAUGAGAAUGAAGAUGCACGGGUGGAAAGGGAAGCACGUAAUCCGCCGUCGAUUGAUUGCUCGAUGGCGCCGCGCGUGCUUGGCCUGCUGGCUUUGAUCGCGAUCUCGGUGGUGGGAUGCGUCGCAUUCUCGGAGGAGCGACCGACGGAUCAGCGCAUCCUCGUGCUGCUAGACGACCUCAAGAAUAAGGACUCCUACUCUAUCUUCUUUAAGAACCUCGCAGAUCGCGGGUACGAAUUGGAUUUGCGCGCGGCGAGGGAUUCGAGUCUCGUGCUGCAGAAGUACGGCGAGUACCUCUACGACGCCGCCAUCAUCCUCGCGCCCGAAGUCUCUUCGUUUGGCGGCGUGGUGGACGUGGCGGCGAUCCUCGACUUCGUGGACUCGGGCCACGACCUCAUCCUCGCGGCGGACAGCGGCGCGUCCGACACCAUCCGCGAUAUCGCGCUCGAAUGCGGCGUGGACCUCGACGAGAACCCCAAGGGCGUGGUGAUCGACCACCAGCAGUACGCGCGGGUGAGCGGGCGCAGGGACGACCACACGCUCGUGCUCGGCAGCAACCUCAUCAACUCUUCCGUCAUCCUCGGCGCUUCCCCCAUCAAGGGCCCCAUUCUCUUCCAGGGGAUCGCCAUGACAGUCUCGCCCACGUCCGAGCUGGUGGUGCCGGUGCUCUCAGGCUCCCCCACGGCCUACGCGGCGGACCCAGCAGCGGCUCUCAAGGAGCCCCCCGCGCUGCAGGGCAAGGCGGUCUCGCUCGUGGCGGCCAUGCAGGCGCGCAACAACGCGCGCGUCCUCAUCUCCGGGUCGCUCGCGCUCUUCACAGACAGUUUCUUCCGCGCAGUGGUGGACGUGUCUGCCACCUCUGCCGACCCGGCCUCACAAAACGCCAAGACCUCCCAGUGGCUCUCGCCGGCCGGCAAUGAGCAGUUUGUCACGGAGCUGUCCAAGUGGACCUUCCACGAAAGGGGGCACCUUAAGGCUGUGAACCUGCGGCACAACAAGGCUGGGGAGAGCACGGAGCCUGCAGUCUACCGUGUCUCUGACCACCUGGAGUUCGCAGUGGACAUCUAUGAGUGGGCGGGCAGCGAGUGGGUGCCAUUCAAGGGCGACGAUGUGCAAGUGCAGUUCUACAUGAUGAGCCCCUACGUGCUCAAGACACUCUCGCACGAUGACAAGGGUCGCUUCUUCACAUCCUUCCAGGUGCCGGAUGUGUACGGCGUGUUUCAGUUCAAGGUGGAGCACAAGCGCCUUGGCUACUCCACCAUCUCGCUCGCCAAGCAGAUCCCCGUGCGCCCCUUCCGCCACGAUGAGUUUGAGCGCUUCAUCCCGGCGGCCUUCCCCUACUACGCCUCCACCUUCUCCAUGAUGAUAGCGUUCUUUGUCAUUGGCUUUGUCUUCCUCUACCACAAGUAA